CUCGCGAGUUGUACAAACAUUUGUUUAUAGUGAAUAAAAAAAACUCGUGAAAAAAAUGAUUAUAAAAAGUAGUGGCCGACAAAUUGCACUAAUUUCGAAUUGGAAUAUUCGUCGGUUAUCUUCUGUUGCACAGGUUCAAGUAAAAACCGAUGCGAACGACGAGCAAGAAUGGAACAAUGCAAAGCCGUACUCAACUCUUCCAGGACCCUCAAAAUUUGAAAUAUUGAGAUAUUUCUUGCCAGGAGGCAGAUACUACAAACUUACCAUGAUCGACAUGAUGAAGGCAUUGAACAAUGACUAUGGAUCGCUUAUGAAACUUCCUGGAAUAUUGGGCAAACCAGACAUGGUUGUUACAUUCGAUCCUAAAUAUUCGGUAAUCAUUUUUCGGAAUGAAGGUCAGUGGCCUGUUCGAAGAGGCAUCGACACGAUUGAUUAUUAUCGCAAGAAAAUUCGGCCCGACAUUUUUAAAAAGAGUGCCGGAUUGACCUAUGACCGCGGAGAAUCAUGGGCGAAUUUGCGUACGGCUGCCAAUCCAAUCAUGAUGAAACCGAAACUGGUGAGGGCGUAUAUUCCCGCCGUAGAUACGGUAGUUAGGGAUUUCAUUCGACGAGUUAAGACCAUUCGUGAUGAGAAGAAUGAAAUGCCAGAUGAUUUUCACAAUGAAUUGCUCAAAUGGUCACUUGAGUCCAUUGUGCUCAUAGCCCUCGAACAUCGACUGGGUCUUCUAAGUGAGACUGAUAAUCCAGAAAAUCAAAAGUUGAUCAACGCGAUCACAGACUUUUUCAAGCUUGCCUAUGAACUCGAUGUUAAGCCGUCGAUUUGGAGGUACUACAAAACACCAACGUUCAAUAGAUUAAUGGAAUGCUUUGAUGUUAUGACGACCUUGACGAAGAAGCACACAGAUAGAGCCAUUGAACGCCUAGCAAACCAAACAGGAAACAAUGAAUCGCAGGAAGAAAGUGUUCUCAAGAACAUUCUUCAAGUUGACAAAGAUUAUGCAGUUAUAUUGGCUUUAGAUAUGCUGAUAGCUGGAAUAGACACGACAUCUGCGGCUGUGUCUGGCCUUUGGUACAAUCUAGCCAAAAAUCAAAACGCACAGGACAAAUUGCGUGAAGAAAUUUUGACCCUUCUACCCGAUGCCAAUGCACCACUUACACCAGAUAGUCUUAAUAGUAUGCCGUAUAUGAGAGCCUGUCUCAAGGAAUCGUUAAGAGUGUCGCCUGUUCCAGCACGUAAUAUACGCUGCAUAGACCGGGACAUUGUUCUUCGGGGAUAUCAGAUACCGAAAGGAACGCUUUGUGUCAUGGGAAGUAUGACAAUGGCAAAAGACGAAAAAUUUGUCGAGCGGGCUGAUGAAUUUAUCCCGGAACGUUUUCUGAAAGAAACGCAACCUGGAUGUCCAAGUGCAAAGGACUUUAAUCCGUUCAUUUUCAUCCCGUUUGGUUUCGGGUCCCGGGCAUGUAUUGGAAGGCGUUUUGCUGAAAUGGAAAUUGGCGUUCUAACGAUGAGAUUGCUGAGGGAAUACAAAAUCGAAUGGAACAAUGAGCCGAUGAAGUAUGCAAAUGGAUUGAUCCUGACUCCUGCAUCAAAGUUGAAAUACAAAAUCACCGAGCUGUAAAAUUGCAUUUUUUCAAUCCAACUUCGUAAAAAUGUAUUGAGAACGAAUU